CUGGAGUACUGCACCGAAGAGUCGAGCCGUAAAAUGGCCGCUUGGAAGUUAAGCCCGGCUAAUCAACCCGAAUCGGCGUUCCUAUGGGGCAUUAUGCAAAUCGUGCCUUUCAUUUCGUCGUUGUGUCCACGCGGGCGAAAGUGAGGAUUUCGGUUUCGGAAUUUCAGGACGGCAAAUAGAGCUGACCUGACUUCGUUAGCGGAUACGUUACGAUGGUGUAACACAAACCGCAAAAACCCAUGGGAAGAGUAUGGGUAUAUAAGCGACCACCGUGGCCACGCCAGAGCACACAGUUCUCCGGGACCGGCGGAUACCGCAAGCAUUCUCACCAUGAACUCUCUGGCUGUCCUCCUCCUAGGCUCCUCUCUGGUGGUUUGUGCCAUGGCCGGUGGUCUUGGAGUUGGAUACGUUGGAGGCUACGGAGGUUACGGAGGCUACGGAGGCUACGGGGGCUACGGAGGUGGCCUAGGCUAUGGCAGAGGUCUCGGAGCCGGAGGAGGAGGAGUUGGAGUCGGGAGCAGCGUGGUCUUGCUCAGGGGAGGUCCCGGAUUCGCCAGGGCUGUGGCGGGACCGGCAUUCCUCGUCCGGACGGUGCAUCACGUUAACAAAGUGCACAAUGGAGGCGCUCUCGUGGCUCACAGUGGUAUCGGAGGCGUCGGCGGAGGUCUCGGUUACGGUGGAGGAUACGGUGGUGGCCUUGGAUACGGUGGUGGACUCGGAUACGGAGCGGGCCUCAAGUACGGUGGACUCGGAUACGGUGGUGGCCUGAAGUACGGUGGAUACGGCUACAAGGGCUAGGCAAGGCGUUUACAGUGUGUGGGCCCUGAAGCCAGAAUCCAGUGCGGUGUCAACGACGGCAACGCGGAGCUUUCGACAGUGACUUUCCUCAAGCCCUGCUGGUUUGGACAAUUCUUUUCUUUCUAAAAAGGCAACGACAAAGUUAAUGGGCGAAUCCGUCAAUGAUUUCACUUUUUCAUGCUUCUUGGACCGCAUCUUGGCCGAUCCGCAGUACUGGUGUCAUCGCUAGGCAACAAGAACAAGCUUGUGACCGAUCAUGCAACGGAUUCCUGGAGCAAGUCAUCACACCAUACAUUAAAGUGGUCUCCCCGAGCAGCCGCCGAAGAUCGAAGGAUACUGGAUUCAGCAUUCAGCCAAUACGGUGCAGUUGUCGCUACUGCGCAGUGUAAAUAGUUAUAUUAUCGCAUGACGU